AUGGCCCAAGUCGAAACAAGACGAUACCCCGAACCCCUCGACUCAAGUUACGUCCCAGAGGUCUCAAUCACAAAACUCCCAGCUACAGCACCAAUAGAAAAGAUCCUCUCCAUUCUCGACCGUGACGGCGGCAUCAUCCUAGAAGACUUCGCAACAGCCGAGGAACUACAAAAUAUCGAAGCAGAAAUCAAAGAAUCUGAAAGAGAAGACAAUGGAAAGCCACACACCGGUCUUCCAAUCAUUCCCUCCGAGACCCGAGUCGUACCUGGUCUAGUCGGGCGGUCCAAGACCGUCGCGGAGUUGUGCGAAAGACCCGUACUGAAUCAGCUCCGAGAGGAGAUCCUCGUCGACAAAUUCUCGGUCACCCGCGAACAGUUCACGGAUCAUUACAAGAUCGAUCCAUUGCUGAGUAUUAGUCUGUCCUUUCAAAUCAAUACGGGUGCGCCGCGGCAGUCCUUGCACCGCGACGACGCAAUUCACGGCACGAAACAUAGCACACCAUUUGAUUUGAAGAAGGCUAGUCAGUUUGCAUGCUUGAUAGCGGGUUGCGAGACUACAAGGGCGAACGGCGCUACGAUGUUUGUACCUGGUAGUCAUCGGUGGGACGACAAUCGAGUUCCACGAGUGGACGAACUAUGCUUUGCGGAAAUGAAAGCAGGCUCGGCACUCAUCUUCAUGGGCGCCGCCUACCAUGGUGGCGGGCACAACAUUGUCCCCAACUCCUGCCGCAUUGUGCAUGGACUGUUUUUCGUUCGCGGUACUCUGCGUACAGAAGAGAAUCAAUACUUGGCAAUUCCGCAUAACAAAGUACUCACAAUGACACCAACGAUGAGGAGUCUUUUGGGCUAUAAGAAGCCGGGCACGGCGUUGGGGUUGGUGGAGAAUAGGGAUCCAAACGAUGACCUUGAGGAUGUUUUCAAACAUCUUGUAGCAUGA